AUGGGAGUACCGGAUGAGUAUUGGGUGGAGUUCGCAGCUUUUAAGUUUAAAGGUCCUGCAGGUGCGUGGUGGAAGCAUAUCUGGCGAAUACAUGAUGUAGAGGGGUUGACUUGGGAACAAUUCGAAGCGCUCUUUAAUGAGCAAUUCCUUCCCCAAAGUUAUCGAGAUGAAAAGGCCAUAGAAUUCAUGGGCCUACAGCAAGGGGAUAUGACAGUGAGGGAAUACGAAGCUAGGUUCAAUGAGCUAUCCUGUUUUGCUCCUUCCGUGAUUGAAUCGGAGCGCAUGAAGUGCCUAAAGAUCGAGAAGCUUCAGGAAGAACCUCAGGAGGACCCCAAAGGAGUAACCGAAAAAAGCCGUGAUCAGGGGCAAGGUAGUGGGGGAGUGCCUAGUGGUAGCAGUGGCUCUUCAGGAAGUGGGAAGAGUGGACCCUAUAGCUUCAAGUGCCACCACUGUGGGGAGCUAGGGCAUAUCAGGAGAAACUGUCCUAUCAGGGGCCAACAGUCUACCCCACCGCAACAACAGUACAGGCCUGGAAACCAGAAACCUAACAACAACGAGAGAGGAAAAGGGAAAGCACCGGGGCAGAUGCAUACCAUGGCCGGGGGAAGUUCUGGAGCUCAACCUGGAAACCCAGUCGUUGAGGGUAUGGUACCUAUCUCUCACUCUUUUGCACGAGUUUUGUUCGACACUGGUGCUACGCACUCUUUUGUUUCCACUUCUUUUGUGAAAAUUUUGGGUUUGAAACCCGAUGACUUAGAGACUUCAAUGUUUAUAAGUUCUCCAUUGGGAUGUGUGGAGGUGACUAGUAUAUGUAGGUCGUGUGUGAUCAUGAUUGGAAGUGAGAAAUUAAGGGCAGAUUUGAUAAUCCUUCCCAUGAAUCAGUUUGAUGUAGUGCUUCGAAUAGAUUGGUUGUCAAGAUAUAGGGUGAUUGUUGAUUACCACCGUAUGAGAGUUACCUUGACUACCGGUUCUGGCACGAUAGUAACGUAUCAGGGAGGUGUUAACCCAGUUACAGAAGAACGACUACUGAGGCAUAGUGUCAGAGGACGGGUUACCGUGAAGAACAAGUACCCAUUGUCGAGGAUCGAUAAGUUGUUCGAUCAACUGGGAGGAUCACGGUACUACUCAAAAAUUGACUUGAGAUCUGGGUAUCAUCAGUUGAAGAUUAGGGAAUAUGAUAUUCCAAAAAUAGCUUUCAGAACUUGCUAUGGGCAUUAUGAGUUCUUAGUAAUGCCUUUUGGAUUGACGAAUGCCCCUGCCACUUUUAUGGACUUGAUGAAUCGAGUCUUCCACCCGUAUUUAGACCAGCUUGUGAUAGUCUUCAUUGAUGACAUCCUGGUUUAUUCAAAGACUUCGGAAUCCUGCGAUGAGCUGUACGAGGUGUAUUCCGAUGCAUCAAGACAAGGACUUGGGUGUGCUCUGAUGCAAAAUGGACAUGUUGUGGCCUAUGCAUCUCGUCAACUGAAGCCACAUGAGCAGAACUACCCCACGCAUGAUCUAGAGUUAGCAGCUAUAUACUCCGAUCAUAAGAGUCUGAAGUAUCUGUUCACUCAGAAGGACUUAAAUCUGAGACAGAGAAGAUGGAUGGAAUACAUGGAGGAUUAUGACUUCACCUUGCAGUAUCAUCCUGGAAAAGCCAACGUGGUAGCAGACGCUCUCAGCAGAAAGACUCUAGGAAUCCUAGCAUCUUUGGCAUUGGAAGAUUGGAAACAGAGUGCAAUUGUAGGUGACUAUGAUCUUCAGUAUUAUGAGGAUUCUAACAAAGCUAUGGUGUACAACUUGGUUUCAACACCAACUCUUAUACAGAAUCACCUUAUUGUACCUCAAGUGGAUGAGAUAAAGAAGACAAUCCUUCACGAGGCUCAUAAAUCGAGGUUUGCUAUUCACCCUGGGAGUACCAAGAUGUAUCAAGACCUCAAAAGGCAGUAUUGGUGGAGAGGUAUGAAGAAGGAUGUUCACCAAUACGUGUCAGAAUGUGCGACUUGUCUUCGAGUCAAGGCUGAAUAUCGGAAACCUACUAGAGAAUUGCAGCCUCUUCCUAUUCCUGGAUGGAAGUGGGAACACAUUACGAUGGAUUUUCUGAUCGGAUUGCUGAGGAUUGGACAUCGGCUUGAUACCAUAUGGGUCGUUGUGGGUAGGUUAACAAAGUCCGCACACUUCAUUCCCUUUCAUGCGACAUAUUCCAGGAAAGUUCUAGCAGAGUUGUAUCUGGAGCAUGUUGUCAGACUUCACGGAGUUUUGUUGUCUAUCACAUCGGAUCGUGACACUCGUUUCAACGCUAGAUAUUGGAGAAGUUUCCAAGAAGCCAUGGGAAUCGAACUGAAUUUCAGCACCGCAUUUCAUCCUCAGAUCGACAGACAAUCUAAGAGAGUUAUUCAGAUUUUGGAAGACAUGCUUCGUGCUUGCAUUCUAGAUUUCGGUGGAAACUAA